AUGGACGUGGUGUACACCGCACGAAGCAGCCAAAACGAGCUCGAUGGCUACGGGUGCCAGGAGCGGCGCGUGUUCAGCGUCUUCGCGUCAGACCUGCAACCGGCAGAGGAGAAGCCUGAGGCGGCCCAGAAGCAAAUAGCUGAACAGCCGCUUGCAGAGUACUGGGAUUUCGUGUUCAUCCGCAAUCUGAUGAGCAAUGCCAGCCACAGGCCGCUGCACGACUUUGUGAUGGCGGCUGAAUACGUGGCCGUGGCCAGGAUCAAGCAUCAGCUGCGGGCCGCGCUAUCUUCCUACAUCAAAUGCGUCAAAACCGAUUGCGUGGUGGUCCAGCAGCUGCCGAAGAAGCACCAGCACCUGCUGCAAGAGCUUCAAGACCUGAAGCACCCCGACGGAAGCCAAGUCUACCGGGUCGAGGAGGGCAAGCCCCUGCGAGGGUAUUACAGAGAGCCACAGCUCCCUGAGCACGCCAUGCCCCCCGAGCUGGAGUGGACCGACUUCCCCGACCCCUUGACGCAUUGUCUGGCAGGAGGCUCACUGCUGCUCACCGGUUUACCGGGGACUGGCAAGACCCACUUAGCUCGGAAAAUCGUGGCAGCCUUGCGGGAACAAGGGCAGGCGGCGCACAUUGUGGCCAAGACGCACAGUUCCGUGCAGAACAUCGGCGACUUCCGUCAGCUGCCUGCUGCGCUAGACAGCUUUGCCGGCACGGAGGUUCUGCGUGAACUUAGGCAAGCGCAGCUUAUCAAGACACUGGCACGUGGCUACAGGCACGAGCUCGUGGAGAACAAACGCAGCGACCAUGUCAUCUUCGACUUUCUGCGCUGGCUGCGCAUUGAUGAGCCUGACGAAACACCGCUGAGCAGCGCGCUCCGGGAGGCUUGGGUGAAAUUCCCAGAAAGACACGGCCUUGUGCCAGACACAGCUUUGGUGAUAAGUCACCGGCAUCGCAUUCAGCUGAAUGGGUGGGUGAAUCAAGCCAAGGCUCCGGAGGGCGCAGCAGUCUUUGAAUACUCUCCUGCCGAACCCGCGGAUAUGGCCAGGCCUCCGACUCGUGGGAUGGGACGCAGCUCGGAAAAAGAGGACCUGUUCAAGUACACGCGCCUGACACACGCCAUCACACACGCAAGCUGCCAGGGCCUCACUCUGAUCGGGCACGUUGAACUUUUCGACACCUCCAGCCAGCACUUCACGCUUAGGCACCUUUAUGUGGGCAGCUCCAGAGCCACGCGCUCG